AUGGGGAAACCAACAGUAUGUGUCGAGCUGAAGCAGGAAACAAUGAAAAAAAAAGCGGGGGAAGCAGAGGAAAGGAGAGGAUACUAACGUUAUCGCCUAGUACAUUUUAAUUGUCAGACAUGGAGAGUCCGAGGGAAACUGCGACAAGUCAGUCAACUCGCUUGUUCCGAAUCAUCUCGUGCAACUUACCAAACAGGGCCAUUUGCAGUCGAUUGAGGCAGGUGAAGUAUUGGCAAAGUUUAUCGAAAAUCCCGAACUCAAGGAUUGCAGUGAGGGAAAACGAAAUAAAAAAUCAAUUAUGUUUUGCACUUCGCCCUAUUUGCGGACAAGACAAACGUGCAACAACAUUAUAGAAUCGAUCAAGGACUUGCCAGGGGUAGACUACAGCGUUCGAGAAGAGGUUCGCAUGAGGGAACAAGAUUUCGGGAAUUUCCAGCUGUCAGCUGAGGAGAUGGAAAAGAUUUGGCAAGAACGAGCUCACUAUGGCCAUUUCUUUUACCGAAUACCGUAUGGGGAAAGUGCCGCCGAUGUAUACGACCGAGUUGCCAGUUUCAACGAGAGUCUCUAUAGACAGUUUCGACACGAAGAUUUCCCCAAUAUCCUCGUCUUGGUGACCCACGGGAUAUGGUCGAGGGUGUUUUUGAUGAAGUGGUUCAAGUGGACUUAUGAGGAGUUUGAGGAGUUGAAGAAUAUACCGCAUUGUCAUUACUUGGUCAUGAAGCGGCCACUGAAGGAUCUGAGCUUUGAGUUGAAAUCGAAAUUGCAGACUUGGAAUGACAAGACGGAAGAAGAGGAAGUUGCUGACACGGUGGAAGAGUCAGAGGCAGUUGAAAAAUCCCAUCCGCGUAUAGCUGUUUCGGGUACCAGUUUAGGUGCAAAAGAUGGCGAAAUCAAGGAGUUGCUCGCCAAUCAAAAGGCUGCCAUCAUGUCUACCAUGGUGAAGAACCGCAGGAUUGCGGAGUUGUACAAGAAGAUUGGCCAUCAGCCGAGCCCAAAGAGAGGUUCCGGUAAUGGCCACAGUGAUAGUCACAGUCACAGCUACAGCCAGAGCCCGAGCCGGAGCCACAGCCGGAGCCAGAGCCAGAGCCAGCGCCGAAACCAGAGCCAGACCAAGUUUAUAGUGGACCUAAGUUUGAACAACAGCAGCGAGAGUUUUGAGGCAAUGAAGCUGAACUAA